AUGACAAGCGCAACCCCGAAUCGAUACUUCACCCUCAUUUAUCUACUCCUAUCAGUUUCAAAGCUGAAUGCCAAAGCGCUAGAAUUUUUGUUCUUUCACUCUCUUCUGAAUGUUCAGGAGGCCCAGGACCUCAUUAUGACAGCCGAACAGGUCAAAACUUCAUCUAGGCGAAUGGAAAAUUCAUCCGAAAAUGACAAAAAUUCGUUUAAUGCAGUAGAUAGUUUGGAGGUGUUUGAUGAUCUUAUAAGUAGCUGCAGUCGCUUCAUAGACGACGCUUGCCUCUCAUACGGCUAUAGUAGUGGUAGUAGUAGUAGUAGAAGUCAUGGUUGUAGUAGUAGUAGCAAUAGUGGUAGUACUAGUAGUGGUGGUUGUAUUAGUAGCGGUGGUAACGGUUGUAGCAGCACCGGUAAUGGGCGUAGUAAUAGUAGUAGUAAUGGUUGUGGGAGCAGUAGUAGUAGUAGCGACAGUGUUGAUGACGCCAUCAGUAGUAGCGAUGUUUGUGAAGGCAAUAGUAGAAGCAGUAGUAACGGUAGCAGCUGCUUCAGUGGCGCCAACGCCGAUGGUAGUGGUGUAGGUGCAAGUGGUGUGGACGAAAAAUUUGCAAGUAAACCUGGGGGGUUGUUGUGGCUGUGGGGCUAG